AUGUCGUUCCUUCUACAGUGUUUGAUUGGUUUCUUUGUACUCCAGGGAGUACUAGAGGUUGCUGGCAACCCCAUGGUACAUAACAUCCACGCCAAAGCCAUGCAUCAUCGACUUCACUUUGGUCGUACUGUGGCUGAGUGUGGUGCAGACGCUGCUGCACCCGGUGCUACCUGCCCCGGCAAUGCCUGCUGUUCUCAAUGGGGCUUCUGCGGUACUACUCGUGAGUACUGUGGUGCAGGAUGCCAAUCAAACUGUGCUCCACCAAAGGAUCCUUCAGGCCAUCAGCCGGAUACUUCUCAGCCAGGCCAACAGCAAACCACCCUAGGCCGCGCUUCACCAAGCCAAGGACCAUGCAAAAAAUCCAGCUCCCUGCUGAUUUUCCAACCAACGGCACAACCGACAACCAUGCCCAGUACUUCGCCGAGUACUCCCCCUAUCGCCCAACCAACACCGGGCGACCCAGGAGACAGCACUGGUAAGGUCAUCGCCGGUUACUGGCAGGGAUGGAACAUGGGCAAGCCCUGUGCCACCAUGAAGCCGGAGGAAAUCCCUGUAGAAUCGCUCACGCAUCUCAUUUUCUCAUUUGGAUUUGUCGCGCCGGAUACCUAUAAAGUCCUGCCCAUGCCGGAUACCGAAGAAGGUUUGUUUCAACAGGUCACGGGCGUCAAAAGGAAGAACCCAAACCUCAAGGUUCUUGUUGCUCUUGGGGGCUGGACACAUACUGACCCGGGCCCAUACCGCGAGGUAUUCACUACCAUGGUAUCCUCGCCUGCCAGCCGCCAAACUUUCAUCACAAACCUGCUUAGCUUUCUGACUCAAUACAACUUCGAUGGUGUGGACCUCGAUUGGGAAUACCCUGGUGCCGAGGAGAGAGGUGGCCACCCAACCGACAAGGAGAAUUUCUCGAAGCUUCUGCAGGAGAUGCGAGAGGUAUUCCAAAGCAAAUACGUUAUGACGUUCGCGGCACCAUUAGCCUCUUAUUACUUGCAGAACUAUGAUCUCAAGGUAGCCUCUGAGGCUGUUGACUGGAUUAACGUCAUGGCGUAUGAUAUCCACGGUACAUGGGAGAGUGACAAAAAGGCCGCCGGGCAUACGAACUUGACCGAUGUCAACAAAGGGGUAGAGAACUACAUCCGGGCCGGCGUAGCCCCAAGUAAACUUGUCUUGGGGACCGCCUUCUACGGUCGCAGCGUAAAAAUGGCCAGUACAAGUUGCACGCAACCUGGUUGCACAUUUACCGGUCCGGGAGCAGAGGGACGAUGCGUCAAGACUGCAGGCUAUUUGUCUCACACGGAGAUCAAUGAUGUGAUAUCUGGCGGUGCAACGCCGGUGUUUGACCAGGCUGGGUCUGUCCAGCACUUAACAUGGGGCGGGGACAAUUGGGUUUCAUAUGACGAUCCCGAGACCAUUAAGAUCAAGGUUAACUACGCCAGCAGGAAAGGACUACGAGGGGUCAUGGCGUGGGCCAUCGAUAUGGACGACGAGCAAAGGAGUAUGACUAAAGCGUUGUCCGGUCAUUGA